GUAUUAGAACAGGUUUCUAAGGACAAGCAGCUUCCUGAUUCCUACACGUGUGAAGUGUGUGGUCGUAAUUUCAAGGAAGCAUCACACUUCACCAAACACAAGCGAGGAGCAUUAUGUAGAAAAUUGGCACAGAGGAUGGCCAAGAAAUCAAAGAAGAAGAAGAGCUCCACUGGCCAGGAACUCUCAGAUAGAAGGAAUAAACAAGUAUUACUCCACAAACCAUAUCAGUGUAAUGUGUGUGGUGCCAAAUUCUGCGACAAAGUGAAUGUGGAACUGCACCUUGAGAGGCAGCACAACAGUCAGCAGCAGCUAUGGGUUGAAGUGGCUAAAAAUGGGGGUUUCUCAUGUGCAGAGUGUGAUAGAUGGUUCAAAGAUAAGGGGAAUUUAGUUGAGCAUCAGCGGCAACAUAUGGCAUCCUAUUUGCAGCAUAACAACCGGUUGAAUAACAGUGAAGAACGACUUAUUGUUUCAGACAGAGCAGUCUUACAGCAGCCACAAGGAACUACAGUUGUUUAUUACCAUGAUCCUCUUCAGCAGGUCCAGACGUACAGUCAGCAGCCUCAACCUCCACCACCUCCACAUCUACCACCACCACCGGUACCACCAGCACCUCCCCCUAUGGCACACACACACUCCAAUAUGACAUCAGUUCUACACACCCCACAGUUACCAGCUGGUACCAUUUUUCAAACCUCUCACACCAACAUGCAACCUCCUCCUACCCCCUCACAGUCUCCAUUGCCAAACAUGUCACCUCUGGGAGUAGUUGAUAAUGUAGCAAAAGGAUUAAAAAACAAUAAAACAGACAAAUUAGCGUCAAAUAGCAAGUGGAAUAUAUGUGGAGAUUGUGGACAUAAAUUUGUAGACCCUAUGAAUUUAGAACUUCAUAUUCAGAGGAAGCAUCCAGAUUCUUAUAUGAUAGAAACUGUAAACCUAGGUGGAGGAACAAUUUUGUAUAAAACUAACAACACCCGAUCUGAUGUACAGUGUCUGAUUACUCCAAAUAAUACAAACAACCCAGAUAUAAAGCAGAGCAAGGUGAACUCCCAGACUUUUGAUUGCAUUUUGUGUGGUUAUAAAGCAACUUCCAAAAGUUACAUUUUAUAUCAUUUGCAGAAUGUCCAUGAUACAAAUAAUGCAAACUUUAUACACGUAUUAGAGACUCUAGAAUCAGGGAAAAAAGGAUCCAGAGUUCCAAAAGGUAGAAAAGGUCAGCAAGACCCCCUUUUACGGGAACAACGGCACUCAUGUGAGGCUUGUGGAGAAGUAUUUCUAUCAAAAGCUGAGCUCAUCCGGCACAGAAUCAAAGACAAACAGUACAUGUGUGGUGUUUGCUGCCAUGCAUCUUGUAGUCAGCAGCAAGUAACUACUCACAUGGCAACUCACCAUCCAGUUAAUGGAAACAGUCGAGCAAAUGUAAGUGGUCCUCUUGUUUGUUGGAUAUGUGGAGCAGUGUCUUCUUCAGCACCAACUUUAGAUGACCAUUUACUUACCCAUGGUGCAAUUACUGCUGAGUGUGUUUCUUGUGGAGAGAGAGCUGAGAGGUUAGGGACCCUGAUUCCUCAUGUGGCUGUCCAUCUCCCUCAACAAUCCACAGAUAUUCGCUUAACUGUGUCAAGACUUGGGCACUCACCAACUGUGCAUACCUUGGAGGUGGCUGUGGAUGGGACAAUAACCAUAGCCAUAACUUCUCCAACAGUUUCAGGAAAUGUUCAAGUGACAGAGGAACCCUCCCGUGUUGCUCCAGCAUACGCUUGUAGUGAAUGUGGUGCAUGUCUUGCUGGUGCAGCACAGCUGGAAGCUCAUCUACAGUUGCAUCAAAGUAACGGAACUGUUACAGCGCACUCAGCAGUGUCAUCAGUCAACAGCUCAGGGACAUUCAGCAACACAACAACAACAGUAGCCUCCGAACCGUCAAUGCAAUCACCGCCAUCAGUCUCAGGAAUUUCAGUUGGUGGCAUUGGAAGAGUUCCUGGCUCAUUUGAGUUCAGGUGUGAAGAAUGUGGGUUCUGGCGACAGGACAGUGAGCCUGUGAUGCGUCACAUACAGGCUGUGCAUAUGUCAGGCAACAUGCUUCACUCUGUAAAGCUGCAAUCAGGUUUGGUGCAGAUUCACCCAAUUCAUGUUGUAACACCAAUUAGUAGUCUGUCAGCACAGUGAACUAAGAAGUAUAUAAUCAAAUCAACAAAAUAAUUGUUAUCUUUUAUUGAUAGAGUUUUAUAUUAGCCAAUGUUUUAGAAUCUCAUAAAUGUAUGCUGGUAAGAGUUUUACUAGCAUGUUUUAUUGUGCUGUGAAAAAUAAUAACCUGUUACAUAGAUC